UUUUUUUUUCUUGUACAUUCGUUCUCUUUAUUUGAAAAGUAAAACAUCAUGACAACCAAGGAAUCUGCUCAGGAACUCCUUGCAUUUCACAAGGGACUUGUGUCCAUCCCUUGCAUCACUGAGAACGAAUCACCAUGUACAAAAUACAUUCAUGAAUAUCUCACCAAGCUUGGCUAUACUGUUGAACUUCAGGAGAUUGCUCCAGGGCGUGAGAAUGUCCUUGCAUACUUGGGCAAAAAUCGCAAUCCUCGUGUCUUGUUCAAUACUCAUAUCGAUGUCGUUCCACCUUAUAUCGAUUACCGUGAGGAUGAAGAAAAUGUCUAUGGACGUGGUUCCAGUGAUGCCAAAGGUUGCAUGGCCGCUCAGGUUCGGGCUGUUGAGGAAUUGAGAAAGGAGGGCAAGAUCAACGAGGGAGACGUUGGAUUCUUAUUUGUCGUUGGCGAGGAAGUCGAUCAUAUCGGGAUGGUGAAAGCGAAUGGCCUCGGACUUACUCCAGACUACCUCAUUGUCGGAGAGCCAACGGAAUCACGGCUGGCCCUGGGGCAUAAGGGAGUCUUGCGCCUCAAUAUCAGGAUUGAGGGCAAAGCGGCUCAUAGUGGCUACCCCGAGCUUGGAGUGAGUGCCAAUGAUAAGUUGAUCGAUAUUCUCUACAAGCUGAAGUCAUUGGAUCUUCCUAAAGAUGACUACUUUGGUCAAACCACAUUAAAUAUUGGCACAAUCAACGGAGGACUUGCUGCCAACAUCGUCCCCGCGUUUGCCACUGCGGGCAUCUCGUUCCGUAUCGCCACUUCAACUCAAGAAGUGUUGGAUUUAGUUGAGAAGGUGAUUCCAAAGGAGCAACAGCUGAAGGACAAGAUUUCAAUCGAGCGCUUGACCUGCUGGGAACCAGUACGAUGCCAUUCUGUCCCUGGUUUCGAGACCUUCGUUGCUAAUUACUUUACAGAUAUUCCAUCCUUCUUGACUGCUAAACAUUCUUUGUUGUUCGGUCCUGGCAGCAUCCUCUGUGCUCAUGCUCCUCAUGAAUAUAUUAAUAAGAAAGAAUUAAUUGCCGCUGUUGGAAGCUACAAGGACAUUGUCUUGAAACUGUUUGCUGAAGGCCAGCAAUAGUCAAAUAGCAUAGGCUUAUUAGAGACAAAGAUAAUAUAAACUUAGACAGAGCAAUGCCUUGUAUUCAUUAAAUUGCAAAGAGUCUUGUCCGGGUCACUCUUUUCAAUUGUCAUCAUUCCCAAAAGAGUUCAUAG